UAAUCAAAUGCAGGAUACACACAUUAUGUCGGGUAGUCGUGGAAGGCAACCUCGAUCACAUCACUCUGCUGCUCGUGGUCGUGACAGUACUAGUAGUCGACGGCAUGACUCUGCUUGUGGUGGUGGUGACAGUACUGGUGGUCGACUACACGACUCUGCCCAUGGCCACGACAGUACUGGUAGUCGACCUCAGGACUCCAGUCCUAAUGACCGACAGCGACAUGGAUGUACACGGCUUACAUCGUUGAGUGUUCAUGAUGCUGAGAACUUAGGUCGUGGAUACGCUGGGAGUACUAGUGAUGUUGGUAUAUCUGAUCAAAUGGACGAUACGCAGAGGAUAAUUAAACGUCGUCGCGUACAUGAGGCCCACAUUUCUGGCAUCGACCCUGACAAUGAUUUUGAAGAAGAUGAUGAUGAUAUGCAACGCGACUCAAAUGUCGCAGAUACACCUCAUAGAUAUGGCGAUACUAGGCCGUAUCUUGAGAAGUUCGGAAAAAAGUUUGCAUCCUAUCAGGUACAUCAUCAGAUCAGACUUAUAUUUGAUCAAUUUUUGGAUGGAGCAUGGCCCACAUUUACUAAGCUUCCGCCUACAAUAUUUCAGCAAAUGUUUCGUGCUUUUGGGAAAUACUAUCGGUGGGAUUCGGUAAAUGAUGGAAUGAUCGAGAGUGGAUUUAGAAUUGUGGUGCAAGAUCGUUAUUCAGACAUAAUGAGUGAAUAUCGACAUGAAUCUGCAAAUAGAGCUCGAGCGGCCGGUCACAACAUCCCGAACACAAAUAAUGACUUUGCAAUCAUGCGUGAUUUUGAGCCUAUUAGUUUCAAUGAGGACGUAUGGAACGAUUUGUGUAAAUAUUGGGACACAGAUGCUUGGAGAAAGAAGGGAUCCAGGGGUUAUGAUCAGUAUCGACUGGAAUUGCAAAAGGAAUUGAAGCGUAUCUCUACAUUUCUGGAACUUUUUCUUAUUACCCACCUUACUGCAGAGGCCAAGAAAAAAUUCAAGGCUAAAGAUUAUGAUACAAUUCAAGAGUUGGAGUUUUGUACACCUACUGCUAGAGCAAUAUGUGAGAGAUACACUAGUGCCAUGGUUGAAAAGUACGGGGAGGACCUAACUCAACAUCCAGAGGGUGAUGUUGACUUGUGGGUGCAAGCACAAGAAGGGAGAGGCAAGUGCAGACGUAUUUACGGGGUAGGAAGUUCAGAUCUACAUUUCGUUGUCACGGGGACAUCAUCCAACGGGAACAAACCGACCUCUUCUGAGUACCAGCAGUCACAACAGCGGGUCCAGGAAUUGGAAGAAGCUCAUGCCGAAUUGGCCCGACAAAAUGGUGAAAUGGCCAAAAGACAAGCACAAAUGGAAAAACAAAUGGCGGAAAUGGUCGAGUUCAUGAGACGAUAUGACACUAAUAAUCGUCCCGACAAUCCAUCCAAUCCAUCGAAUGCUCCUUAGGUUAUUUGUUGUAAACGUUUGUACGGUUUUAAGACUUCUAUAUUAUCUUUUUGGUUUACACGAUUGUUAAAACUUAUGUUCUAAAGUGUAAACGUUUGUAUGACUUUUAGAUAUAUGGAAUGAACCAAGUUUUUUUGU